AACUCGCACACACACCUCCCCCUCCUUACACCACCCCACAACCCCCCCCCCGCACUACCAGCAUUACUUCUACAACCGAAGCUUCUGGUCUAGUAAUAUUUUCAUCUUCCGCCAUUUUGUUUUUCAGUCACAACUAUGGAGGAAGCGGUCGCGUCGCCUAAGUCCCUAGUGGAUCUAGACGCCGUGAACAUUACUCGCGAGUUCAUUGACUUUACCGAAUUCCUCCCAGCGGAUAUGUAUCGCUCGCUACAACUUGUUCGUCAACUUAAGAAGAAGGCCGCCGAUCACAGCAGGAACGUCGAUCUACUUUGCAAGGAAUUUGCAAGCCUACCUGAACAGAGCCGCGUCUUGCCUCCCAGCCUCCAUGUUCCGAUUACGGAUUAUGUUUGCCCUGCAAUGAGUGAGAGGGAAACCGAGUUAAGGAUCAGAAUAUCCAAUGCGAUCAAGGGCGCCCAGUUCGCUCAUCGAGAAGCGAAGGCCGAAGCUGAGAGAGCUUCGCAGAAUAUCAACCGUCAUCAUGCUCGUAUCGUCGCCAUCUAUGGCGGUCUCUGCAAGGUUACAAUACCACCGGACGAACCUGAAAAUAAGCCGGCCGAAGGGCAACAGACCGAUGUUCGGAAAAUAAAGAUCCGCAUUUCCUCCCAAAAGUCAACUCCUACAGGUCGUCACCCCCGUCUUCGUGGUUCCGCUUCGAUUGCGCAAACGUCUCGCUCACGCUACAAACAGCGGGAGAGAAACAAUAGGGACGAUGAUGCUGACGAUAAUGAGUGGGAAGAUAUACCAUCGACUCCAUAUAACUACGAAAAAAUAAAGAAGAAAAAGAAAUUGCUUGGUGGAAUGUCCAGACGUGGGCCAAAAAACAAUAGCGAGUCUCCAUUUGUUGGUGGGGCUAGGGCAACAAACGAAGAUGGGUCUUUGAUACCUAAUAGUUUGCUUCCAUGGAACAGGCUUACAAAUGAAGAGUUGGCAAGGUUGCGGAAACGAAUGAAGAAAAAUUCUGGCUGGACACCAUCUGUUACUAUGAUAAUUCGAGAGCUUGAAACGUUGGGUCGAGGGCCUAAGCAUAAGGAGAAGUAUGAAGAUCAGUGGGGAGGUAGUAGGGGCGAUGAGUUUCUUAAAAUAUACGGACCGGAAGAUGGCGGGAUUGGUGACCCAGAGAAGAUUGCGCCAGAUGAUGGAGCAGGCGUUCGUGAGAACAAGGGCAUGAAACUCAACCGUGCCAAAAAACGGAAGCGGGAGGAGGAGAAAAAGGAGAAAGCGAAAGAACUGGAGCGCGAGAAACUGGAGGCAAAAAUUGAGGAAGAGGAGAAGCUCCGCUUAAAGCUAGAAUAUGAAGAGGCCAAAAUAAAGAGGGAAGCUCAAGAGGAAAAGGAACGUGUAGAGCUUGCAAAUCGUGAAAGGGAAAGGGCAAAAGCUGAAGAGGAAGCGGCCACCGCUGCAGCCGCAGCUCUUGAGAAGGAGAGGAGGGAAAAGGAAGAAGCUGCUAUGGAAGAAAAGGCUAAAGCAAGUGCUGCUCUCAGGGAGCAAGAAGAAGCUGCUGCCGCCGAAGCACGAGUACCCCAACCCAUAACUCGAUCAUCCUCAAUCAGCAGUGCGGCUUCAUCCUCUACCCCUUCAGAAUCGCCUACCAGCAGAGAAGACGAAGAUUCUGAAAUGCCUGACGCGGUCUCAGAAGAGCGCCCAGUAUCGCCUCCAAUCCCCGUUCCGCCCCCACCCCCACCAAAACCCCGUCUUGGCCGACCUCCGAAAAACCCCAAACCUCUAAAGCCCUCCAGCUCUGAUUCCCCGCCUAGUUCCGGCGAAAAACGCAAGCGUGCCCCAUCGACAGUGACGACCAUUCUACCGACUCCUUCUCUCGCCGAAUCCCGCGCGAAACGCGGGACAUCGGUCGCCGCACCCCCGACCGGAACUGUGUCACUCGCUGUUGGCCGCAAGCGCUCGAACGUCGCUGGGCCCAAACCAAACAAACCGAUGAAACCGAGCGUUGGCAAGAAGAAGGGCCUCGUUGCAGGUAACAACAACCGCAAACGCGUGGAUGUUCAGGAUACGGAUGGGACCGGGGAGUGGGUCGAUGAGGAGGAUGAAGAUUUGAAAACUUAUUGCCUUUGUGAUGAGGUCUCGCAUGGAUUUAUGGUUCAGUGCGAUAAUGAGCAGUGUUCCAAGAAGUGGUUCCAUAUCGACUGUGUUAAGCUCACCGAGCGGGAAGCAAAGGACAGUGACUUGGAGUGGUUCUGCCCGGAUUGUCAAGAGAAGAGAGGGAAAAGGAGGAAGAAGACUUGAUGUUUUUUUUUCUUACUUUUUUUUCUUGAUCCCACUUUCUUUUCCCCGUAUCACUUCUUACUACUCCUACCCAUAUAAUUAUCAUAUCUAUUACCUACUAGAUAUCUAUACCGCUACCCUUACCUCCCUAAUUAUCCAUCCAUCAUACCACUCCCACCUCCCCAUCUAUAUUAGGCAAUACUUUUCCCCUCCCUUUCAUCUCUUAUCGUUAUCAACACUAUUAUCAUCAUCUCUACAUCUGUUCCCGUUCCUCUCUCCCCCACUCUUUCCUUUUUUCUUUCAUAUUUCCAUCCCUUUCAGUACUGCAUUAUCUUACCUUACCUAUUUUUCACCCCAACGAAAGCAAUUCAUUGGGAUUUGGCGCAUGUGCGG